ACAACAUGGAAAACGGUACAAGCGUUUCAACUACAACAUUGGUCGGAAGGAAGACGGCAAAGGAAGAGAUUUCAUUAUUAAGAAGACUACUAUGGCUUGCAAACUAUAUUUAUCAUCAGGCAUUGACACUUUUAAGCGUUUUGUUGAUAUGGAUCUACAUUGAGAAUUAUGAUAGAACAACUUUACGAUUUUGGCAUGUAUUGUUGUCCACUGCAGCUUAUCUUCCACUGAUGGCCAUUGCGAUAAUAGCUUUUGCUGAAGACAACAUCUUGACUCUGUAUUUACCAAGAAAGAAAAUAUACUGGGUCCAUGGCGUUUUGCUUUUCAUCAGCUGUGCUUUUAUUACAGCUGGUAUUUCGGUAGAAACCCAUGCUAAGAGACAGAGAGGCGCUAGUCAUUUUCAGAGUGAUCACGCCAUACUUGGGUUGGUGUCAUGGGUAUUAAUUGUAGUGUCAAUUUUCAUUGGAUUAUUGGCAGCAAAUACCCAACUUUUCUCCAAGUACGUUAAACCAGUAAUAGCCAAAUUUAUCCACAAUUUCCUAGGAAUAGCCGCCUUUUUCAUAGGCAUUGCAAGUUUGUUUGAUAAAAUUGAUGUUGUUCGAUGGUAUGCCUCGGAACCAGUCUAUCAAGCCAGUUACUACUCCAUUUGGAUCAUAUCAGUUUGGAGUAUAUUGGCAGCUUUGAAAUCUCUUUAUGGACAGAUAAGAAAUAUAAUAUUUUGAAGAAGUAAUGAUCUGAUUUAUAUUUCAGUCUUUAAAUUGCAAUUAGUUUAUUAAAUGAUCUAGAUGGCUCGACUUUCGUUUAGCUAAAAUGUGUUAUAUAAAAAAUGACUUUAUAUAUGCGUUCUAGAAGGCGUUAGGAGUACAAAUAUACAAAAAUGUUCCUGCGGAAAUGCGUCAUUUUCAUUUUUCGAACUUUAGUAUAGCCGAAAACUGUUACAUCAAAACUAGUCUUCGGGGUGGUUUUAGACAUUUUCUAAACAUAAACACACAAAAAAGUGUCAAAAUGUCAAAAAAAAAAUUUAUAAAAAUUUCAUUUUUAUUUUACAUAAAAUAAUGCUUUGUCAGUUACAUGAAAAAUGAACUUAUAUUUGUUUUAUACGAGCUUUUAAGCUGAGGUUUUUAUAUGUAUUUUAAUAAUUAACUGUGAUUGUACAAAAAUAUUAGAUUGAUUAGGAUUUGUGCUGCUUUGAUUAGCUUUUCUUUGUGGAGUGUGUUAAGCUGUGGUUUUUAUAUUUUAAUAAUUAACUGUGAUUUUGUAAAAAUAUUAUUAAAUUAAUUAUUAGACUGGUAAAUUAUUUUUUUUGGUUCAAAACUGCUUUAUCCAAGGAUUUUGUUCUUUUAAACUGUUCUAUAAGCAUAGGACUUUCUGGCAAAAAAUUGUUUUUGCUAAAUUCGUUGGUACUUAUACUUUACAAGACCCGAUAAUAUAAUAAGGCGAAUAUAUUGUUUUAUAAACUGUCUACUUUUUAAAAAAUAGUGUGCAUGUUAUAGCGAUUGUAGCGAUAUUAAGCUGAUAAGAAUAGACAUUAUUCAUUGAUCUGUGUUAAAGGUCGGGAAGAGGAUCACUAUUCGUUUUAAAACAUGAAAAGCAAAAUUCCGUAGACUUUUUUGUGAUAAUAACAAGGUCUGAAUACUAGUAAAACAUUUUUUAUAUUACCAAGUAAUUCGACCGAAUUACCUUCUUUGACCACUUUAGUUCCGCUGGGAGUCGAACUCAGAUCGCGGAGGUUUACAGUUGUGCAGCACUAACGCAC